UUGCGUCCCCCGAAGGCCUGUGGUCUAGACCGUGGCAGUCCCUUCUGUGACCUCCCUGCCCUUCCUGGGGAUGGAGCCUGAGCCCCGGACGCCCGGCUCAGCCGUGGUCCCUGAGAGACCUCCGCAGGGAACUCACGGAGCGCCCGGGGUCCCCGCGUCUGUGAGGUUCUCACAGAGCCUUCAAGUCCGCAGGGAGCAGCAAGGUAGAGCGAGUCCUGUCGUCCCGGGGCCCCGGCGGCGAUGCCAGCCCGCACCGGCCAGAAAGUCUUCAUAAAAGAAAAGCAGCACAACUCCGUAUUUGUGCCUGGAGGAACGGUCAGUGCCCCCUCGAGGUCACGCUCCGCUGCCAGAGCAGACCGCGGUGGGGCUCCUGUGCGAGCGUCCACCACUGCGAGCGUCCACCGCGCCCCCUGUGUCUCUCCGCCCGGGGUCCUCAGCAGGAGCUGUCGGAGGGUCAGAGGUCGAGUUGUUCUCCGCUCAGGACCUGUGGCACUGGUGGGAGCUCGUGGCAGGUGGGGGCACCUGCCGACUUCAUCUUCUUCUGCCAUCACAGACCUUCGCCGACCGCCUGGGGAAGAGGCCCUCCAAGCUGUGCUCCCCAAGGCAGAGGACGGCCCCUCCCUGGGCCCCUCCCUGGGCCCUCCUGUCCUGCCCACAGAGGCCUGGGCACAGCGAGGCAGUGGUGGGAGAGGGCUCCCCGGCGCCGCGGGAUGGGUAUCCGUGAACACGGGCAGAAGGACAGGAGGGGCCACCAGAGCCGGCUGGCCGGCCCUCCGGAUGAGACGGCAUCGGACAAAGAAAGGAGGAACAGGAGGAAGGGAAAGUCUUCCCCCCACCCCGGGGAUCUGUGCGCAGAGGAGCAAGGCAGCCCCAUGCACCGUGCAGAGUCUGGAGACGCCCGUGGGGCCGCCGGGUGUCGCUACCUGGAAGGUUUCUUCCCAAGGUCUGCGUGUUCCUGCCUCUGGCCCUCGACACUUGCUGCCUCCAUCCAGCCCCCCACGGAACCCCAAGACCACACAGCUUGGAAUUGAGUCCGGGACAGGUUGUCCUGCACCCACUGAAAGGCGUCUGCCUGUGACCAGGUGCAGGGACCUCCCCGGUGUGCAGGGACCUCCCCGGUGUGGCUCACUUCUCUGGCACUGGCUCGGCGCACCGCGGACAUCCAGCCAGCGCUUCUGAAGGCGCGAACAGCACAAACGCGUCAUCUCGUAGCUCUGGAGGCCAGAGGGCUGAGAGAGGGUGUCGGGCUGAGUGCAGGGAGACCCGUUCCCUGCCUUUUCCAGCCUGGGGGCCCCUGUGUCCCUCAGCCCGCAGCCCCUUCCCUCACUCCAACCAGCCUCUCUGACCCUCCUGCCUCCCUCCCUUCCUCUUAAGGACCCGCUCAGACACCCAGGAGCAUCGCCCAUCGUAGCAUCGGUCUUGCGGGAGGGCGGAGGGCGUUGCGGUGGGGAAGGGCGUGGAGGUCUCGGGGGUGUGGCUCUGCCGACCACAUAAGCCACGCAGAGGCCAUCACCUGUGCACUCUCUCUCCGCCUCUCCGUGCCCCUUUCCAGACAGAGCCCACGUGGACCUUCGACGCAGGCACAGAAAGUGCAUGACGGUAACCCCGCGGGUCUGUGCGAGAACACAGCCGUCGGGGCUGUUUCCGGUGUCCGUGGUCUGUCUGCUCAGGGCAGCGCCAGCCGGGAGCUGCCUUGCCUCCGUCCCCAGGUUCUCAGGGCCUGUCUGCUGGGGCACCAGGCUGGGGUGGGAGGCGGAAUCCGGGGUCCGGGGGUCCCAAGGAGGCUAUAUCGCCUCUCCCUGAGGGUGGGCAGCACGGUCCCCGGAGAACUGGGGGCUGCCUGGCCUUGUUCCGCACUCAGCCCUCGAGCCGGGACCACCGGCUCGCCAGACCCCUGAGACUGGGGCCUGCACGACCAUCACCCCCCCCCCCCCCCGUGCCCUGGGACCAGGCAGACCCUGCCCUCAGCCUGAAAUCCCUGCGGGUUCUCUGUGUCGUCCGUCUGCUCAGUGAGGAUCCUGCGGGAGCCGAGGACCCGGGUCAGGGUCCCUCUGGGCUCACCCAGCUCGCGUUCCGCAGCUGUGGGGCCCUCUCGCACCAGAUCCAGGACCCGGAGCCACUGUCAGUAGUUUUCGGAUUUUCCAUCUGCCCAAUCACGUCAUCUGCAAACAGAGAUAGUCUCACUUCUUCCUUCCCAAUUUGUAUAAUUUUUACUUACUUUCCUGGUCUUAAUUGCAACCCCUAGGACCUCCGGUGCCACGUUAACUAGGAGUGGAGAUGGGGACCUCCUUGCCUUGUUCCUGACCUUAGGACUGAAGCUCUGGUUUCCCAGCAUGAAGUGUGAUGUUAGCUAACGGUUUCUGUAGGCAGCUUUCAUCAAGUUGAAAAGUUCUCUGGGGACACCUGGGUGGCUCAGUCCUUAAGCGUCUGCCUCUGGCUCAGGUGGUGAUCCCAGGACCCCGGGAUCAUGCCCCGCAUCGGGCUCCCUGCUCGUCGGGAAGCCUGCUUCCCCCUCGCCCACUCCCCCUGCUUGUGUUCCCUCUCUCGCUGUGUCU